CAAGAGUGAGCAAGCGUACAGGCUGGAGACUGGGCACCUUUGUGGGCUUCCCACAAGGCAAGCUCAAAAUAACGGCCCCUCUACCACCCACCCACAGGAUGUGCAGCAAAGGGAUCCAGCCAUUCCCACUCCUGUUCCUCCCCCUGAACCUCAUGGAGCUCCUGGCUUUCCUGAGCCUGUUGGCCCUGGUGCUGCAGGAGGCAGAAGCAGCUUCUCUCCCAGGGGAGAGGGAAAGAGAAGAGCAGAGCCAGGAGGAAGGUGACACUUACGCAUCCCUGCAUGUGGGGAGCUAUUAUGCCCUGAGUCUAGAAGACUACAGUGAAGUCAUUGACCUGAGCAGCUAUGAGGAGCCUGCAGACUAUGGGGACCAGAUGCCUGAGGCUAAAGUAAACAGCUCGAGUCUUGCAAUGAGAACUAGUCCCACCCAGAGCACUGUGGCUCCAAGGACAUCCUCAUCGCUCCCCACAAUGGCCAGGCCUACCACCACGGGCCUACUGAACUCCCAGAGCAGCCACGGCCUGCCUACCUGCCUGGUGUGCGUGUGCCUUGGCUCUUCGGUGUAUUGUGACGACGCAGACCUCGAGAGCAUUCCUCCUCUUCCCCAGAUGACGGCUUACCUGUACGCUCGCUUCAACCACAUCAGCCACGUCCAAGCUGGAGACUUCAAAGGGCUGACAAAACUGAAAAGGAUUGACCUCUCGGGCAACUCCAUCUCCUCCAUCCACAACGAUGCCCUCCGCCUGCUGCCUGCCCUGCAGGAGCUGAUCCUCUCGGAGAACCAGCUGGCCGCCUUGCCUGUACUGCCCAGGGGCAUUGAGGUCCUGGAUGUCCGCCUGAAUCGGCUACAGAGCUCAGGGGUACAGCCUGAGGCCUUCCUGGCACUAGAGAAGCUUCAGUUCCUGUCCCUGGCAGACAACCUGCUGGACUCCAUCCCUGGGCCUUUGCCCCUGAGCCUGCGCUCCCUGCACCUGCAGAACAACAUGAUCGUGACCAUGGAAAAGGACACCUUCUGUGGCACCAGGGAACACAGCCAGGAGCGCCGGCCGCUGGAAGACAUCCGCCUGGAUGGGAACCCCAUCAAUCUGAGCCUCUUCCCAGAGGCCUAUUUUUGUCUGCCAAGGCUCCCUGUGGGCCGCUUCGCCUAGCUGCCACUGGGCAGGUAUGGUU